CCGGGUGGUUUUUCGAUCGCUGGUUCCGGAAGUGGAGCGGUUCUCCGUUCUCCUUCGCCAUGGCGCUGGCGGUGUUGCGCGUCCUAGAACCCUUCCCGACAGAGACGCCGCCAUUGGCGGUGCUUCUGCCGCCCGGGGGCCCGUGGCCCGCGGCGGGGCUGGGCCUGGUGCUGGCGCUGAGGCCGGCGAGCGAGAGUCCUGCGGGGCCCGCGCUGCUCGUGGCGGCCCUGGAAGGGCCCGGUGCCCAGAGCGAGCAGCGAGGGCCCGGCCCUCCGCAGCUGCUGGUGAGCCGCGCGCUGCUGCGGCUCCUGGCGCUGGGCCCCGGGGCGCGAGUGCGAGCGCGGCCUGUGCGGCGGCCUCCGGCGCUGGGCUGGGCGCUGCUCGGCACGUCUCCCGGCCCUGGCCUGGGGCCUCGAGUCGGGCCACUGCUGGUGCGCCGCGGAGAGACCCUGCCCGUGCCCGGUUCGCGAGUGCUGGAGACGAGGCCGGCGUUGCAAGGGCUGCUGGGCCCAGGGACGCGGCUGGCUGUAACUGAGCUCCGCGGUCGGGCCAAACUGGGCCUGGAUUGUAGAGACCACAGCCAUCCCCCACCUCCGCCUGUAGUAUCCACUUUUGCGGUUUCCCACUCAGUCCGGCAACUCCAAGGAGUUGUGGGAGGAACUGGAGAUGCUCUAGGAGUGAGCCGGAGCUGUCUCCGCGGUCUCGGGCUCUUCCAGGGCGAAUGGGUAUGGGUGGCCCGGGUCGAAGAGUUCCCAAACACCUCCCGGCCACAUUUGGCUCAAGUACAGGUCCUAGAACCUCGCUGGGACCUGUCCGAGAGACUGGGACCCAGCUCGGGGCAGACGGGAGAGCCACUCGCUGACGGACUGGUGUAUGUGCCCGCCGCUCUGGCUUUUAAUCUCGGCUGUGACCCCCUGCAAGUGGGAGAGCUCAGAAUUCAGAGGUAUCUGGAAGGCUCUGUCGCCCCUGAAGAAAAAGGAAGCUGUUCACCAAUGCCUGGGCCUCCAUUUGCUCGAGAAUUACACAUUGAAGUUGUCUCCUCACCUCACUGCAGCACUAAUGGAAAUUAUGACCAUGUUCUUUCUCAGCAUUUUCACACACCCAGGGUGGUCCAGGAAGGGGAUGUUCUGUGUGUACCAACGGCUGGGCAAGUUGAGACCCUGGAAGGAAGCCUGGAGAAACUGCCCAGGUGGCGGGAGUUGUUUGUUAAAGUGAAGAAAACAGUUGGGGAAGCCCCAGAUGGACCAGCCAGUGCUUUCCUGGCCGAUAUCACCCACACCUCUUUAUACAUGGCAGGUUCUGUCCUGAGUCGUGUUCCUCUGCUGCCUUCAGGAAGGUCCACUCCCUGGGAUAGCUUGUCUCCUCCAGGCCUGGAGGCCUUGGUAAAUGAGCUCUGCGCAGUCCUGAAGCCUCACCUGCAGCCUGGAGGAACCUUGCUCACGGGAACGAGCUGUGUGCUUCUACGGGGCCCUCCAGGCAGUGGGAAGACCACAGCAGUCACUGCGGCCUGCAGUCGCCUCGGGCUCCAUUUACUGAAGGUGCCCUGCUCCAGCCUCUGUGCGGACACCAGCGGAGCCACGGAGACAAAGCUGCAGGCCGCCUUCUCCCGGGCCCGCCGCUGCAGGCCUGCAGUCCUGUUGCUGACAGCUGUGGACCUUCUGGGCCGAGACCGUGACGGGCUGGGUGAGGACGCACGGGUGGUGGCCACGCUGCGUCACCUUCUCCUGGAUGAAGACCCUCUCAGCAGCUGCCCUCCUCUGAUGGUGGCGGCCACCACAAGCUGCGCCCAGGACCUGCCCGCUGACCUGCAGACGGCCUUUCCUCAUGAGCUCGAGGUGCCGGUGCUGUCCGAGGGCCAGCGGCUCAGUGUCCUGCAGGCCCUCACUGCCCACCUUCCCUUGGGCCAGGAGGUGAACCUGUCACAGCUGGCACGGCGCUGUGCAGGCUUUGUGGUAGGGGACCUCUAUGCCCUUCUGACUCACACCAGCCGGGCGGCCUGUGCCAGGAUCAAAGCCUCCGGCUCAGCGGGCAGUGUGAGCGAGGAGGAUGAAGGGGAGCUGUGUGCGGCCGGCUUUCCCCUGCUGGCUGAGGACUUCGGCCAGGCGCUAGAGCAGCUGCAGGCAGCUCACUCCCAAGCUGUGGGAGCACCCAAGAUCCCGUCAGUGUCCUGGCAUGAUGUUGGGGGGCUGCAGGAUGUGAAGAAGGAGAUCCUGGAGACCAUCCAGCUGCCUCUGGAGCAUCCUGAGCUGCUAAGCCUGGGCCUGAGGCGCUCCGGCCUCCUGCUCCAUGGGCCUCCAGGCACUGGAAAGACCCUCCUGGCCAAGGCAGUGGCCACUGAGUGCAGUCUCACAUUCCUCAGUGUAAAGGGACCAGAGCUCAUCAACAUGUAUGUGGGCCAAAGUGAGGAGAACGUGCGGGAAGUGUUUGCCAGGGCCAGGGCUGCCGCUCCAUGCAUCAUCUUCUUCGAUGAGCUGGACUCCUUAGCUCCAAGCCGGGGGCGGAGUGGAGACUCCGGAGGCGUGAUGGACAGGGUGGUGUCUCAGCUCUUGGCUGAGCUGGACGGGCUUCACAGCACGCAGGACGUGUUUGUGAUCGGAGCCACCAACAGGCCAGACCUCCUGGACCCUGCCCUUCUGCGGCCUGGCAGGUUCGACAAGCUGGUGUUUGUAGGGGCAAGUGAGGACCGGGCCUCCCAGCUGCGUGUUCUGAGUGCCAUCACACGGAAGUUCAAGUUGGAGCCCUCUGUGAGCCUGAUGAGCGUGCUGGAUUGCUGCCCGCCCCAGCUGACAGGCGCAGACCUCUAUUCUCUCUGCUCUGACGCCAUGACAGCUGCCCUCAAACGCAGGGUUCGAGACCUAGAGGAAGGGCUGGAGCUGGGGAGCUCCGCACUGCUGCUUACCAUGGAGGACCUGCUGCAAGCCGCAGCCCGGCUGCAGCCCUCGGUCAGUGAGCAGGAGCUGCUCCGCUACAAGCGCAUCCAGCGCAAGUUUGCGGCCUGCUAGGAGCUGCCUGCCAUCUGCCUCUGCCCACAUGGCUGGAGGUACCUGCUGCCUGUCACUUGACUGCUGCCUCCCUCCAGGAGAUCCCUCAUGAGCCUCAGUGGGAGGAGGCCCUCGUGCUCAGGAGGAGAGCCAGGCCUGGAAGCUUGCAGGCUUCGCAGCCUGGGGUCAGUGUUGAGACACCCUUUCUGUGACGGAAAAUAAAGUAUAUACUGCCCCCUG